CUCCCUCCCUCCUCCCUGUCUCUCUCCCUCCUCCUCCUCUGGUGUCCCUCCUCUCCUCGCUGCUCUCCAUCCCGCACACGCACCAACCGCCCUGUCAUGGCGUCCUCCAACCACGUCAACCCCACCACCUGCAGCUGGUGGCCCAUCUCCGCCGGGGACGAAGACGGCCGCGUCCCCGACGGGGAGGAGAGCGAGGAGCCGCCGGCGGAGCUCCGGCCCUUCAGCAAACACACGCUCGUCCUGUACCACUGGACGCAGUCCUUUGCUUCCCAGAAGGUUCGUCUGGUCAUUAAUGAGAAGGGUCUGAUCUGUGACGAGAGAGAUGUGAGUUUGCCGCUGCAGGAGCACAAAGAGCCGUGGUUCAUGAGGCUGAACCUGGGAGAAGAGGUACCCGUCCUCCUCCACGGAGACACCAUCAUCAGUGACUACAACCAGAUUAUAGAUUACCUGGAAAAAAACUUUGUGGGAGACACAGUGCCUCGGCUGGUUCCUGACGUGGACUCGCCUCUCCAUGCUCGUGUGCAGCAGUAUCGUCAGCUACUGGACGGUCUCCCCAUGGACGCCUACACACACGGCUGUAUCCUACACCCAGAGCUCACCACAGACUCUAUGAUCCCAAAGUACGCCACCGCAGAAAUACGUAGACACUUGGCUAAUGCUGCAACAGAGCUGAUGAAGUUGGACCACGAGGAGCCUCAGCUGACAGAACCGUACUUGUCCAAGCAGAAGAAGCUAAUGGCAAAGAUUUUGGACCAUGAUAAUGUAAACUACCUGAAGAAAAUCCUGGGGGAUCUGGCCAUGGUUCUAGAUCAAGUAGAGGCGGAACUGGAAAAAAAGAAACUAGAGUAUCAAGGUCUAAAGUGUGAGUUGUGGCUUUGUGGACCUGAAUUUACACUAGCUGACAUCUGCCUCGGAGCCUUAUUGCACAGGCUGAAGUUCUUGGGACUUUCUAAGAAAUUCUGGGAGGACGGCAGCAGAGCCAACCUGCAGUCCUUUUUUGUGCGUGUGCAAAAACGCUACGCUUUCCGGAAGGUCCUAGGCGACAUCCACACGACCCUCCUGUCGGCAGUCCUACCCAACGCCUUCCGGAUGGUAAAAAAGAAGCCGCCCUCCUUCUUCGGGGCCUCUUUUCUCAUGGGCUCUCUGGGCGGGAUGGGCUACUUUGCCUACUGGUUUUUAAAAAAGAAAUACAUGUAGUGAAUGCCCUUCUUGUUGUGUUAAAUGUCUGUGUAUUUGUGUGAUGUUGCAAUUUUUCUGUAAUGUUUUAUGACUGCAGGAAAACAUAAUGAAUCUAUAUAGAGAACACUAUUACUCAACUGGGUGAACAAAGAAAUAUUACGACAUUCCAUUGUGAGAAAUUUCCUGACAGCACAUUUUUCUGGUAGUCAUGGCUUUCAUAAAGUUAAUUUCUGGAAACUUGCAGCUCUUGCGCAUGCAAGUCCUUACUUAACUUUCUUUGGAGGCAUGUAUGAGGUCCACUCACGGUGAAAUUAAAAGUGAAAAUGCAAAUAAAACACGAGAACAGCCAAAGGGGUUAACUGACCUUCGCAUGCCACUAUUAGUCAGUAUCCUACUCUUUACUCCUGAGGUAUAACCCGUAAAACCACAGGAAUAUAAUCCGUACGACACAUGCUUUCUGUUAUGUGCUGUGCUGCCAGAAACUGCCAGAUAAAAUGAAAGGAUGCAGACAAAGAUAACACUUUUUUUUCAAUUAGCUUUUUUGCUGAGAUGUAAUGGGAAGAUCAAUAACACUUGACUGUGAAUGCUCAGUAUGGAGCAACAGAUCUGAGCCUUGCAUAAAGACUAGAUACAUGGGAAAAGUCAGCCUGGUUCUGCCCCAAAAACUGCACUAAUAUAAACCUGAUACUAUACAUUUGAUCUGUUCCAAUCAGAGAUACAUAUCAAGUUAAAGCCACAGAAGUUUGAUUGCACAGCAGAACGUGAUGAGAACAGAGAAAGUUAAAUCACUUCAUCAAAUACCUUUAAAAACUGUCUUCAUCACUUUUGUUGUUUCCGUAUUUUUUCCAUCCAAGAUAGCUGGAAACAACGCAGGCUCUUACUCCGUCUAACACAAGCAAACUACUGUCACGUUUUGCAUGAAUGUUCGAUGUCUUUGUAAGGUUUCAUUUGGCUUUAACUUUCACCAAUUGAGCUAAAUUAAAUCUAAUUUCCAAAUAUCGUACCCUUAGAUUAGAA